UGGUCCUGAGAAACACGAGGCUGAGGCUGGAGAACAGGUCCGCUUUGGGCUCAGGUCCAGAUUACGUGCUUGAUGAAGGAUCAGACACAGACAGACUCUGAGAGACGGAGCGGACGCUGCUGGAUCAGGUUCUGAGGUUCUGCCCGCAGCUCUGGAUCAUGGUGGAGCCCACGUCUAAACGCAUCGCCGUUCUGCUGCUGUUUGCGCUGCACAGCUGUUUGGCCGACAAUGUUUUUCUCAGCAGCCAGCUGGCGUCACAGGUGCUGACCCGCAACCGCCGAGCCAAUCAGCUGUGGGAGGAGAUGAAACCAGGGAACCUGGAGAGGGAGUGUCUGGAGGAAAUCUGUGACCAUGAAGAAGCCCGAGAAGUGUUCGAGCAGAACGAUAAAACUGAAAAGUUCUGGGCCAAGUACCUGGACUGCAAAGGAACCGAGAGGUUGAGAACGCAAGAAAACAUCAAGCUCGUCAGGGAAUGCGUGGAAGGUCAGUGCGUCUCUGGUAGCGGCGUUAGCUAUGAAGGAAACGUCAACAUCACAGAGUCCGGCAAAAGAUGCCAACGCUGGAGCAGCAGCUUCCCUCAUCCCAUCCACAGGGAGUAUAACGCUUCAGAACCAAACAGCGUCCUGAAGGAGAACUUCUGCAGGAACCCGGACAACCGUCCAGAAGGACCCUGGUGUUUCACCACAGACCCGACGGUCCAGAAAGAGAGCUGCAGAGUACCUAGAUGUGGUGAGGUGUUUGUGCCGGCGACUGUGGCCCCAGAACCACCAGCAGUCAGAACCAAGGCGUGUUUACCGAAUCACGGCAUUGACUACACCGGUGAGCUCAGUGUUACCAUGGGGGGCCACACCUGUCUCCAGUGGUCCUCGCCUGUGGCCGUGGCCCUCAGCAAAGACAAGGACUUUAUCCAGGAAAUGGUUCUGGAUGGGAACAAGUGCCGGAACCCUGACGGUGACCCCGAGGGCCCCUGGUGCUACGUGGAGAUUUCUGGAAACGUCACGGUUGACUACUGCGACCUGGAGUUGUGCGAGGAUCCACUGAUUGGCGAGGAGGAGACGACGGCGGACCAGGGGAUGGAGCGAACCGUCCUAGGUGCUGAAAAGAAACUCUUCUUCAGUCCUCGCACCUUUGGUGAAGGAGAAAGUGUGUGCGGCCUGCGGCCUCUUUACGAACAGCAGGGCAAACAGGACAAGACGGAGAGCGAGCUUCUGGCCUCCUACAGAGAAAAACGCAUCGUUGGGGGCAGCGAUGCCGAGGUGGCCUCAGCACCAUGGCAGGUGAUGCUGUACAAACGCAGCCCGCAGGAGCUGCUGUGUGGAGCCAGCCUGGUCAGCGACCAGUGGAUCCUGACUGCAGCCCACUGCGUCCUUUACCCGCCCUGGAACAAGAACUUCACCGUCAACGACAUUCUGGUCCGACUGGGAAAACACCAACGUGCCAAGUUUGAGCGGGGCAUCGAGAAGAUUGUGGCGAUCGAUGAAAUCAUCGUCCAUCCCAAGUACAACUGGAAGGAGAACCUGAACCGGGACAUCGCUCUGCUGCACAUGAGACGGCCCGUCGUCUUCACCAACGAGAUCCAUCCCAUCUGCCUGCCCAGCAAGGAGGUGGCCAGAACCUUAAUGAGCGAAGGCUUCAAGGGCCGAGUGACGGGCUGGGGAAACCUGCAGGAGAGCUGGAACCCGGCAGCGAGGAACUUACCGUCAGUCCUCCAACAAAUCCACCUUCCCAUAGUGGACCAAGACGUCUGCCGCCAGUCCACGGCAGUGAGAAUCACCAGCAACAUGUUCUGUGCAGGUUAUAAACCAGAAGAAAGUCAGCGAGGCGACGCCUGCGAGGGGGACAGCGGGGGCCCCUUUGUGAUGAAGUACCCGGCAGAGAACCGCUGGUAUCAGAUCGGCAUCGUGUCCUGGGGCGAGGGCUGCGACCGAGACGGCAAGUACGGCUUCUACACCCACCUGUUCAGGAUGGGCAGGUGGAUGAAGAAAGUCAUCGAGCGGUCUGGAGACGACGGCGACGACUAGACGCCACAAGAUCCUCCACUUCCUGUCAAACACGAUGAUGCAAUAAAAGCUUAUCCACAUCCCGCUGA